UCUGAUGUCGUAAAACGUGUAAACAAGCUGUUAUGGUACAAUUUACAUCUUGUAAUAAAAUACAUUUUUCGCAGGCACAGCCACGACUACAUACCUGACGCGGAGCUGGAGAGGAUACUCCGAAAGCGAGGGUCUGACUUCGACACAAUGUUGUCGAACCACAGGCAGCAGAAGGCGUUCGAGGAAAAUGUAGCUACCAGCCUGAAGGAGAUGGGGCUGAAGGUCGAAAUGGCUAGCAGAUUAACAUAUAACGAAGACAUGAUCAAAUGGUGCGACGUGGUGGUGCCGUGCGGCGGCGACGGCACCUUCCUUCUAGCUGCUUCUAGAGUUAGAGACGCAAAUAAACCAGUGAUAGGCUUCAACAGCGCCCCGCACAAGUCGGUCGGGCGUCUCUGCCUACCCACUUGGUGUUCUAAUGACGUGAAGGGUGCGCUCCACGCUCUGAAGGAGGGCCGGUUCCGCUGGAUGCGCCGCUCGCGGAUACGCACCACCAUCACCUGCGAGCCGAAGCUGAUCGACACCAUCGCGCCUGUUGACCUGCACACGCUGCACUAUUGCAGAUAUCCUCCAGUGCCAAAUACAGAAGAGAACCAAGAAGCUAGAGCGUCACAGCCGAACAAUCCAGAACAAAACCCUAAACUCGCCACUAAAGUACUCCCGUAUUUGGCUCUCAAUGAGGUGUUCAUAGGCGAGAGCGUGACGUCACGAGUAUCCCUACUGAGGCUACAGAUCGACAACGGCCAGUGGACGCACACGAAGAGCUCCGGUCUGUGUGUCACCACGGGUACGGGAAGCACAUCAUGGCAUUUCAGUAUCAACUGUCUCCGUACACACUCCGUGCUGGAGCUGAUGAAGAUCUUGUCUGAAGACUUCGGCGUGAACCUGGACACUAGGUUGGAGAAGGCGCGCGAGGUCACCGAGAGAUACAACGAGAAACUCAUGUUUCCGCCAGACUCGGAGCAGCUGGCGUACUCGGUGCGCGAGUACAUAACGUUCGAGGAGUGGCCCGCGCCGCGCGGCCUGCGCGUGCGCGACCGCGCCGCCAGCGUGCAGGUCAAGAGCCACUGCAGCGACGCAGGUCUAGUGGUUGACGGUAGCGUCUCUUUCCCGUUCAAUGAUGGUACAGAAGCGCAACUCGAGAUCCACCCGGAAGACUCCCUGAUGACAGUGCACAUGGACGACGCCUUACCAUAUUGACUGUAGAAAAUUCCUAAAACUACAAAUCGUUUUGAAAUAACGAAUAAAUUUUAUCCUCAGAAUAAUAACAAGCAUAGAAGGAGUCUAAAUUGUCCGCAUAUACUUAUCCCAUUUUUUCAAAUAGGCCAAAACCGUUGAAAGAACGAGACAAAUAUUAUGUUGCUGAAAUCGACUUGUCGGCCAUUACGGUCACCUCUAUGAUGCCGAAUUAAAAAGCAAAUUAAUGUCAAUUGUUACAACUUGUCAACGCGCAAACACAAUUUAGUUACGUUAUACUUGUGCCAGAAGGAAUCGCAACAAAAUUAAUUUUUUUGCUGUCAAAGACGGUUUACACUCAAAUCUAUUAAUAUUACUUCUAUGCUUAUUAUUCUAAGAUUUUAUCAUAGUAAGACACGUACUCGAGCUGUCAUUACAGUCGACAUGACUUACAUUAAUGACUUAUUUUUUUACGGUAAUGACUCGUACAAGCUUGAGCAAUCAUUACAAAAUGUCUCAUGGGUUAAUGCUUGACGACUUAGUUUCUAACACAAUAUCAUAGUAUUUUUCGAUUGAGCUUUCGGAUAAUAUAAAAAUUGAAUUGAAUAUUAAUGGGUUUACGAAUUACAUCAAUUAUCAUUUCGUUGGUUCACUAUGACAAGGUCGUAUGUUAAUUUUUAUUUAUGUUGCAAAAAUGAUAUAUCAAAUGUUCAUUUUGGUAAAAAUCUGAAAAGAUAAUAACUUAUGGUUCCUCCUUGUUUAUUGUUCGGGAUUAUUGGAAACUUUUCACUGAAAAAAGACUUAAAAUUAUGUGAUUUAUAUAUUUCAAUUUGUACAUCAUAUAUAACAUAGAAGCUUGUAAUUGUGAAUCAGCGGUUUAUUUCAAAUAAUACGCAACAUUUUUUUUUUCUGCAUCUGUAAUUGAAAAAUACUAUAGCACUACGAUAUAUGUAAUAAUAUAUUAAAUAAAAGUUUUUAAGAAAUAGAAACGUUUCAAGAUUUAAAAUCAUAGAUUAUAAAUGUCUGUGACGCCCUUAUUGUUCAUUAUAGGUGUAAACACAUGUUACCAGCCUAAAAAAAUAAUAUUCCCAGGCCACAUUCAGUCAUUUAUGUCAACUGAUUGUGUGUAAUUAACAUGAGAUCUUAAUCCUUUUAGUUAUAAGAAUAGUUUUAUAUUGUCUUUAAUGGAUUGUUUUAAUUAUAAAUAGUUUAAUGUUAUUCAAAAGUGCCGUCAGCUUUAUUAUUGACUGACAUAGUUAAAACAUAUAGAAAAAUUUAACUUUACUGUUUAAGUGUGACUGCAAUCUAAUUAAAACUUUAUACGGUUUAGAAUUACGGAUAAUAUGGAAUCCAUAUUUUAAAUCACGAUAAUUUAUGCCUGGAUUUUAGUAUAAAAUAGGUUUUUUAGCUGGCAAUAUUAGAAUAAUAUGAGUGCUAUAUAACUUCCAAUUUAGUAGAAAAUAAUUAAUUGGCAACAAUUUACUUUGGGGACAGUUGAUAUCUGUAUAAGCUUGUUGCUGCAGUUUACAGAAAUAUAUUCGUUACUUAUAUUGAAAAUAAAAUAUUACAAAAUGUAACAGUGAAUAUGCCUUAAAUAUUUUGUAUUUCUCGUAGAAUAGAGUAAUGUGUCGUAGUAACUAUUUAAAAAUUUGCUUUAAUGAAUGCAGUGUUGGAAGUUGUUGGAAGAUAGACUUAAAGGUUUAGAAAUGAACAAAGGAAUUACAAUAUCGAAGUUCUUGUUAAUAAGAAAUGAACAGCUUUAACUAUACAAGUUAUUCGUUUUUACGUAUUUGAAUGUGUUUGCAAGUUAAAAUUAUCAUUUUACUGGCAUGUCUACAUUUUAAAGUCUAUGGUAGAAAUUGAAAGUAUUGAAAGUAUUUGCAAGAGAUAGUCUGUGAUUGGUUCGGGGAAGGUUUUCUUUUUAUUAUUUUAUUUUGUAAGAAUAAAAUUAGUAAGACUGAAGGUAUGUUUAGUUGAUAAGUAUCUUUUUGUAUUUGCUUUGUGUUUACAUAUUCGUUUUUAAUUUUAACAUACUAUUUUGUGUAUUGGUAAUAUGAAAUCUAAAAAGUAGUGCACAAUCAAUAGAUUAAAAUAAAUUAGAAUACCUGUCUAUGCCUUUAGAUAUCUGCAGAAAAUUACAAUUUUCCUAUACAAAUUUUCAUGCGAUUUUCAUCAAUGUGGUGCAAAUUUUCUCCAGAUAACUAAGAUAUAUUUCUGGACAUUCUACUAUUUCAUUUAUAUGAAUGGUUGUAAACGUAUUGAAUACCCAGUGAUUUGAAAGUGUUAACCUACUUGUAACAUCUUGCAUUCAAUUAUUUGUAUAUAAACAUCACACAAUAUUCCUAUUGCAUUAAUAGAAAAAUUUAAUAGAAAAAUAAUGCUAUCUGAUCAAGUAUCCAGAAUGAAUUGUUGAUCCUAUCUAAAGGAGCACGGUGCCUUUUCAUUGCUCCGUUCUACCGCGCACGUGGAAACUAUGGAAAGAACUCCCAGCAUCGGGCUUCCUCGAGUGUUAUGAAUUGUCCUUUAAAAGAGGCUUUAAAAGAGUGCUCACCUCCGGGUAGGCAACGGCUUGCAGUGCCUCUGGUUUUGCAAACUCCAAGCGAGUACCUUGCACGUUCAGUCAUUCAAACGUAUUAGAAAUUAUUCCCUCCUAGCCAAAUUUCAACCACAACAGCCAAUCUCAGCGGAGAACAGCCAGGUAUACAGGAGAGGAUGGAGAUGUGCGGCGGAUGCUGCAUACCAUCAGGCGAUUUUUAUUCGUCAGCUACCUCCGUGGAGAAUAUUUGUUUAUGCCAAUAAGUAGGUUGCUCAAUUCAUAGUACUGGUUAUAAUCUGAGUUCUGCGUUUACGACAUAGCUACAGUGUCCAUAUAACAAGCGAUAAUGUAGUAGUUAAUAUAUUUAUUGUUUGUAAAUAAAUUUUGUAGACUAUUUGUAUUUUGCAUUUGUACUGUUUAUUAUACAUCACAUGAAUAUAGAAAUGUUAUGGA